ACACGCGUCCUGCCCGCCAAUCGCGCCGGGGCCCGGCCGCGCCCCGGGAAAGCGCCGGGAUCGCUUCCGGAGCGCGACCUUGGCGGGCGGGGCCGCAGCCGGGAUGGCGGCGCCGACGAUGGAGGAGAGGAAGGCGUGCUGGGGGGCCCGAGACGAGUUCUGGCAGUGCCUGGACAGCCACGGGGAUGACGCCGCCAAGUGCGAGAAGCUGCGCCGGGCCUUCGAGUCGCGCUGCCCGCAGCAGUGGGUUAAACACUUUGACAAAAGAAGAGACUUUUUAAAAUAUAAAAAAAAGCUUGAAACAGAAGGCUAUCAUCCUCCAGAAGCUGCUGGAAAGUCAUAGGAAGUCUGCUUUCAAAAUAAAUCAAGUGAAAGUAACUACAGAAGGAAGAAGCCAGAGAAAGCAACAGAAGCUGCUUGAGUGCAAGAACUGGUAAUGUGGCUGUCUCCCUGAAAUGCAGACCGCUCUUCUUGUUGCCAGGUCUCACGUGUCUGCUGAAAAAAAAAAGUCGUGGACAGCUUUUUGAUGAGUUCAAGUCAAAGAAAUACGGUGCAGGGGUAUUCACAGAUUGAAGGGUUUGAAUGUAUAAUUGGAAAAAUUGUUUCACAGGAAUAAAUGACUAUUUAAUACUGCAAUGUACAUAUUCUAAAGAGAAAAUGAAAUUGUUUUUCAGUAAGUGAACCAGCUUUUUCCUAAAAUAAAAAAUUCCAUUCCAACUUGC